AUGGGCGCCCUAGACAGCAUUACAGAAUCUCCGUUGAAUACUGAGAGCGAAACGGAUGUUGAGCUGAGUGUCCCGCUGGUGGAAGCCACGCCGAUUGCUGGGAAUCAGACUCAUCCUCCUGCCACGGCACCUUCUCUGCCGGAAAAAGUCCGCGUCAAGGUCACCGCGCCGUCGACGCUCCCUCCUGGCUAUGUCAUGCAGAUCCUGUAUCAAGAAAAAGAUGAAAGUGGAAAUGCCAAGGAUAAAUGGAAGAAGGGAGUUGUCAAAGUCCCCGUGGACGGCAAUGGAGUGGAGAAGGGCGAAUUGUUUGAAGCAGAAACCCAACCGUUCGAUACCGUGACACAGAUCCGUGGCUAUUGGCAUGGAAGCGAGUUUGAUUCUAAAGUGUGUUGUUGUUCUCCAACUACCGACGCCGACUUCUGUUUGUUGUCGUGGUUCUGCCCUACAGUUGCGUGGGCUUGCCUCUACGAACAACUGAUGGAUUUGGAGAAGCAGAACGUUGGUAACAAGAACUACCGUCCACGACUAGUGGCAAAGUCAAUGGGUUUUGUCUCGCUACUCUUCGUGGUACUUUCUCUUGUAUCGUUGGCUUCGAGGACUGCAACAACUGAAUCCAGUGGCAAGGGUGAUUCUGGGUCCACAGGCAUGUUCGGAAUUGUCUUUUUGGUGCUUGGGAUUUUUGUGCGAUCAAAGAUUCGGGAAUAUUACAGUAUCAAGGGUGGGAAUUGUUUCUAUGAUUGCCUUUGGAACAUAUGUUUUGGAACAUGUUCCGUAUUGCAGUCGUAUCACCAAAUGAAGAAGGCUCACGAGCAUCCGCACCUCGGAUAUCUUCCCAAUGAACCCCUUCCAGCAGAGGCUGAGAAACUGGUAUAA